AUGGAAACAUGUCGUACUUGUGCCAAAUGUGAUUUCGAUAAUCCUUCCCAGUGGCUGGAUUUAUUUAAUGUCCAGCAUUGGAAACCUGAAACAGAGCGUAUACACAUUGUCUUGAGUGGCUGGAAAAUUAAGAUAUCAUGCAAUGAUGGCCUGCCCCAAAAAAUAUGCACCGAUUGUUUUUCGAAAUUUUGCACCGUGGCGGAAUUUCGCCUGCAAUGCCUGGAGGCCCAACAAAUUUUAAGCAAUAUAUUUGAUAAAAUCGAUAGCCAGAGUAUACAGGGCGAUGAGGAGGAUGAUGGUGAGGGGGACAAUGGUGUUGAGAGUGUGGGCUGUGUGGGAGACGACCAAGUAGUAUAUGAAGACUAUGAACAGCACUCCAUUGAAAUGGAUAAGCACAAUUUAACAACCACAAUAUCCCCACAAAGUGUUACAAAUACUGCAGUAGUAGAACAAGCCGCAGCAGCAACAACAUCCUUAGCAACCACAAUUGUUGUUACCCCAACAGGACGACAAGUCAUCGAAGUCGAAGCAGAAAAUCUACUCAAAUCGUGUAGUAGUAGUAAUAAUAAUGAUAUUGUUCAUACGAAGUCCUCCUUGGACAGCAUAUUAACUAUGGCCAAUGAUGUGGGCAACAACAAUAACACCGAGGUUUCAUUUCGAUCGUUAUCAACAAUAACAACAACAAAUACAACAAAUGACACUGCCGUUAUAAUUAACGAAAAUGACAAAACAAAUUGUUGUCCCAACGAUUUCCUAGAUGAUAAUAAUAGCACUAACAACAACAACAGCAACACCAACCACGACGAAAUAAUAACAGAAGAUACCAACGAUUUAGAUGAAAAUGAUCUCAUCGAAGAGCUAAUCGAUGAAUUUGUGGAUGUUAUCGAAGAUCGAGAAGCAGAAUCCGAAAUCAAUGAUAAUAUCAUUAUUGAUCAUUCUCGGGAUCAAAAUCAGAAUAAUAUUUACCCGAAUGAAAUCGAAGAAUUUUUACUAACAAAUAAUAACAAUGGAAUAACGGAAAAGGCUGAGGAGGAAAGAGAAGCGGAAGAGGAAGAAACGGAUUACAAAGCCGAUAAUUUAAAUAUCACCUUCGAAUGUAAAUAUUGUUACAAAUGGAAAAAUGGUGCUAGUGAAAUGUUUCAAACUCAGCAGGAAUUAUUGAACCAUAUCGCCGAAUUUCAUGCCUCCCACAAUAAUCCCUAUAAUUGCCCAUAUUGUGAGGAAUGUUUUAUGGAUGCCGCUUCACGUACCACACAUCUCAAAGAGGCACAUAGUCAAAAGUUGCAUUCUUGCGAGGUGUGUGGUAAAAAAUAUGCUGAUAAAUUUAAUUUACGAAAUCAUGUAGAGAAAUACCAUAGCGGAACGGAUUUCGAUUGUACGCUAUGCGCGAAAAGUUUUUGCUCGAGUAAAAGUCUAAAUUAUCACAUGAAAUGGCAUAAUCCCAAAGAACAGCUAAAAUGUAGCUAUUGUGAUCGUUUGUUUAUUAAUCAGCGGCAUCUGAAGGUACACGAAGAAACGCAUACCGGAUUUCGCAGUCAAGAAGUUUGUUCGUUUUGUGGGAAGUAUUUCUUUCAUUUAAAAACGUUGAGAUGGCAUAUUUUUCGGCAACAUGGUGGUGAAAAACCUUACAAAUGCGCGAGAUGUCCUGAAGUUUUUAUCUCCUACUUCGAAAAACGCCUACACAUGCUCGAAUACCAUUUGGACAACUUGACACUGAUUGAAAAAACCGAAUGUAUGUUGUGCCGUAAGCGUUACGACAACGAACUGGUACUCAGGGAUCAUAUGCUCGAAGACCAUAAGGAGAAUAAAGGAGCUGUAAAAAUCGCCAAUAAUAAACGCAUCAUUAUGAAUAAGAAACCGAAAAGUUUUACUGGUUUGUUCCAUUGUGAAAAAUGUGAUAAACGUUUCAAUAUGAAAUCGGCCUUGGAGCGGCAUAUGGCUGUGCAUUCGGUGGAGGGAAGGCCUCACGCCUGUCCCCAGUGCCCGAAACGUUUUAAACGUUCCCAGGAUAUGAAAUGGCAUUUGAAGACACAUUCUUCCGAGAAACCCAAUAUAUGUGAUAUUUGUGGCAAGGGAUUUGCUUUGAAAUAUGUUCUGACUCAGCAUCGGAGGAGUCAUGAGGUUCUCGAGAAGAAUUUCACCUGCACCACAUGUGGACGUUCAUAUCUGUUUGAAAAAUCAUUGCGUUUACAUGAACGGAUUCACAGCGGCAAGACCUAUUACAAAUGUGAUUUGUGUAGUGAAAGUUUUGUAACACACAUUAAAUUUAAAUGGCACAUGAAAAAAAUGCACGACGAAGAGGAAGUGGCUGCAAAUACAAAUCUAAAUUCGAAUUAUAAUAACACCAACAAUAACAAAAAUAAUAUUAGCAAUAACAACAAUAAUAAUAAUAAAAAGAACACAGAGCUGCCGUUGGAUGACUUGGUAAAUAUUGUGAUUACUUAGCAAUAAAUUUAUUAGACAA